CUAAACACACUGCCGACAGUGCCGACUCCGAAACAACUCAGCACACGAUGAAAAACAAAACACCACGUAAGACAAGAAAACAGCUUCAAGCAGAGAAAGAAACUGCCUCUCAGAAUUUGGUGCAAAAAGCAAACGCCAAAGACGAUCCGCUAGAAAAAUUGACGAAAUUUCACAGUCUCACCCUAAAUGAUGGGUCUACGGUCGAGUUGAGCUGCAGCCGUGUCACAGAACUUUCUGGUGAGACCAUCGUUUGGAUAUUUGAUCUGAUGGAGAGAAACAUGAAGACAUUGUACAUAGAAUCGAUUUGGGGCUGGGACGAGCACAAAAAACAGACUGAACUCACGGAAGAAUGUGCUUAUUACUUGAUUGCAACUCAUCGAGGUAGAAUGGUUGGUUUUUCACAUUUUCGAUUUGACAUGGAUCAUUCUGUGGAGGUUUUGUAUUGUUAUGAACUACAACUAGAGCCAUCGGAAAGGCGUAAAGGAAUUGGUCAAUUUAUGAUGCAAGCUCUUGAGGCCAUGGCUACCGACAAUCAAAUGCAAAAAGUUGUUUUGACAGUACUUACAAAAAACCCCAUAGCCUGUUCAUUCUUCCACAAACUCAGAUACAAAAUUGACGUGACAAGUCCACCAUCCUCAGAGGACACUACUUAUUGUAUUUUGAGUAAGCAGAAUCUACGUACAGCAUAAGCGAUAGUAGUCUCGUUAUUUUAAUAUUUAUUUAUUUUAAACGAAUCAAUUGAUGUAAAAGUUAGAAAAAUCCUCAAAUUUUUUUGAUAA